GACUAAUCCGUGGUGUAUUAUUACUAUUAUUCUCCUAUAUCCCUUCUUGUCUUUUUCUCUCUUUGUCUUCACGUCUUUGUUGAUCUGUAGCACGUCUCUUUCUGUUUAGAUCGAGAAUAGCAAACAUGGGGUCUAUUGCAAGCCCCGCAGAGGCCGUUGCGAGGAUAGCCUACAUCGCCAGCGAUGUCGUCCUCUCUGUCCAGCCCUCGCUGAGCACCGACUCCGAAUUCUCACACCACCUGAGUCGAUUUGCAGCCAACAAUGCAAAGAACUUCAUCUCAAAGACCGCCCCCGAGAUCAUUCCAGUCCGUCAGAAUGCCGACCCUCUGCUCUCAGCAUUUACUCCUCUCAAGGCUGGCAAGCUCGUUGCAGCCACUGCUCCAUCUUCUAUCCUCCUGACCUCGAUCCCUCACCUUUAUAAACUCGCCCAGUAUCCUUUCGUCCUUCAUGUUGCACUCGCCUCGCCUCAAGCAGACUUCUCCGAGAUCAGCUCGAUCCGACAAUGCGGCUUCUCAUUUCUUCAGUCGGAGACUCUCCAGGAAUCACAAGAUAUUGCCUUGACAGCGCAUGCCCUGGCGAUCAAGAGUGGCAAAGGUGUGAUACAUUUCUAUGACCCUAGCAAUUCUGCUCAGGACAAUCCCAUCUCUGUCGAGAGUCGAGAUCUAGUCCAGACUUUGCUUGAGACUGGCCGUGGUGCUCUGGAAUCACAUUCGGGUCCGGAGGAGCAGACUCUCUAUGCCGAUUCAGGAAGACUCGCAACAGUGACUGAUCUUGGAUUGCCCACUGUACCGACUCCCCGGCCAAUUGCUACGACAAGGGACCUGCUGUCUCCUGUAGCCGCGGCCUCAUCCACCAACGGCACCACCGCAGUAUCUUCGUCUGCCUCCUCAAGACGCGACAGCUCUGCGGAAAGUUCGGCGGCCUCCUCUCUAGCUACCACCGUGGAAACCCCGGUCACACGCCCAGUCAGUGCCACAGAUAUAUUUUCAUAUGUCAGUGAUAUCUGGGCGGUCAUCUCCCAGGCCACUGGUCGAAGCUAUUCUGCUCUCGAAUACUCUGGACCACCGGAUGCUGAAGCGGCUCUUUUUAUCUUUGGCUCGACGGGCGUCUUCGUGGACGUCCUCGACUCCGACGAUGUUCCAGCUGAUCUGACUAAUGUGGGACUCAUCACAGCUCGUCUAUAUCGGCCAUGGCUUGGAAGUGCAGUCUUGUUAGAUUCCAUCCCAAGGUCAAUCAAGAAGAUUGCUGUCUUGGAACAAAUCAGAAGAAAGACAACCAAAUGGGGUCCUUCUUUCCUUGACCUGCUAUCGAGCUUGAGCCCUGGAGCCGGAGGUCAAAGCAACAUUUCCCUAGUCCAGUAUCGACUUGGCCAGAUUGAUGCCGCCACUGCUUUACAAGCACUCCGGGGAAUAUUCCAGAAUCUAGCGCCUCCAACUACACCGCGAAAACAUUCUCGGCGACGAGGUCACUCGCAAGCCAACUUCAUCUCCAUUCAGAACCUAAGCAUUGGAAAUGAACUUCAGCCUAGGAUUGAUAGCUUUGUGCCUGAACAACCCCAAGUCGAGAAUGCCUACCUCAAGAUCCUUGAUCAACUAUUCAGCAAUAGAUUAUACAUUGCGAACCAGCUCAAGCAGAAGGACGCAGGUGUUUCCGCUACCUUAGCAGCGUCCCCUGAGUAUGGUUUUGGGUCUCUUCUCGCAAGGAACGAGAAACGAGAGCAAUUUGUGAAGCAGGCCCAGGAAGCUGCCAGAAGCAAUGAGUUUAUCACAGAGUCUCCCAAACAGUGGCUCUCAAGAUGGGCUUUGAAUGCCAAUGACUCCGCAAAAGCCAACGAAUAUGCGCCAGAAGUGCUUGCUCGCUUGGCCAACGAUGGUUCCAGUCUCUCGACCAGAUUGUUGGAUAACAAAUCUUUCUUUUUCAAAGAGUCUCAAUGGCUUAUCGGGUCAGAUGCUUGGGCGUACGAUCUCGGAAACUCAGGUGUUCACCACGUUCUCGCCUCCGGUGCUAACGUCAAUAUGCUCAUAAUUGAUUCGGAGCCCUACUCAGAGAGAGCUCAGGCAGACUCGAUGAGACGCAAGAAGGAUAUCGGUCUGUACGCAAUGAACUUUGGCAAUGCUUACGUUGCCUCAGUCGCUGUGUACAGUUCAUACACCCAAGUUCUUCAGGCCAUGAUAGAGGCCGAGAAGUAUGAUGGUCCCUCGGUAGUCCUUGCCUAUCUUCCCUACAACAAGGAGAACGAUUCGCCGUUGACCGUGUUGCAAGAGACUAAGAAAGCUGUGGACCUGGGCUACUGGCCACUUUACAGAUGGGAUCCUUCAAACGAAGUAAAGGGAGAGCCCACUUUCUCUUUGGAUUCUGAGCGUAUUAAACGCGAGCUCGAGGAGUUCCUUCGACGAGACAAUCAACUCACCCAGGUCAUGAACAGACAUCCUCAAUUUGCUGCCAACCUAUCCGAGUCAUAUGGCUCCGAAGUGCGCAAGCUACAGAAGCGCAAGGCCAAGGAUGCCUAUGAGCAGAUGUUGGAGGGUCUCUACGGAGCGCCGUUGACUAUCUUGUUUGCAUCCGAUAACGGUAAUGCAGAGAGCUUGGCCAAGAGGCUAGGAAAUCGUGGUAAGGCUCGUGGUCUAAAGACCAUGGUCCUUGCCAUGGACGAUUAUCCUCUGGAAGAUCUUCCUAACGAGGAAAAUGUGGUCCUCAUUACGAGCACGGCUGGUCAAGGUGAAUUCCCACAGAACGGUCAUGCUUUCUGGAAAGCUAUCAAGGAUGCAGCAGACCUGGAUCUGUCCAAUGUUCACUUCUCCGUGUUUGCCCUUGGAGACAGCCACUACUGGCCUCGAAAGGAAGACAGAAUCUUUUACAACAAGCCCGGAAAAGACCUUGACUCACGAAUCCAAUUCCUUGGGGGCAAAGUCUUGACACCUAUUGGUCUGGGCGACGACCAAGACCCAGAUGGCUACCAGACUGGUUACCAGGAGUGGGAACCAAGACUGUGGCAAGCCUUGGACGUUGCAAAUGUUGAAGGACUUCCUGAGGAACCAGCGCCAUUGACGAAUGAGGACAUGAAGAUUGCCUCGAACUACUUGCGAGGGACGAUCGCCGAAGGUCUUGCGGACACCUCCACUGGAGCCAUUUCAGCUUCAGAUCAACAACUGACCAAAUUUCACGGCACUUACAUGCAAGAUGACCGCGAUCUCCGUGACGAGCGCAAAGCACAAGGCCUUGAGCCUGCUUACUCGUUCAUGAUUCGAUGCCGUCUCCCUGGCGGUGUCGCCACCCCUUCACAGUGGCUGCAAAUGGAUGCUAUCGCUUCCGCCCAUGGCAAUGAGACGAUGAAACUGACCACCCGUCAGACCUUCCAGUUCCACGGCGUCAUCAAGUCCAAGCUCCGCCCUGCGAUGCGUGCCAUCAACAGAGCACUUAUGACCACCAUCGCCGCCUGCGGUGACAUCAACCGUAAUGUCAUGUGCUCCAGUCUUCCUACCAUGUCCGAAUAUCACCGCGAAGUGCACGCCGUGUCCAAGAAGAUCUCCGAUCACCUUCUUCCAUCAACCACAGCCUACCACGAGAUCUGGCUAAAGGACGAUACCACUGGUGAAAAGACCCAGGUGGCUGGUGAUGCCGUACAAGACUUUGAGCCUCUCUACGGACCCACAUACUUGCCACGUAAAUUCAAGAUCACCAUCGCCAUCCCUCCACACAACGACACAGAUGUAUACGCCCACGAUGUCGGUCUGAUCGCCAUCCGUACCAAGGACAACCAACACCUCGAGGGAUUCAAUAUCCUCGCCGGCGGUGGUAUGGGUGUCACUCACAACAACAAAAAGACAUACCCUCGAACGGGGUACAUGAUGGGAUACGUCCCUGCGGACAAGGCGCACUUGGUGUGUGAGAAGAUCAUGCUUGUUCAGCGUGACAAUGGCGACCGCAAGAACCGCAAGCACGCUCGUCUGAAGUACACCAUGGACGACAUGGGCAACGAAGUGUUCAAGUCCAAGGUUCAGGAACUUCUCGACCCGCUGGGAAUCAAAUUCGAUACGCCUCGCCCGUUCAAGUUUGACAGCAACAUUGACACUUUCGGAUGGCAGCGUGACGAAAAGGGCUUGAACCACUUCACCUUUUUCAUUGAAAACGGUCGUAUCGAGGACACUGCUGACUUUCCAAUGCGCAGUGGUCUUGUCGAGAUUGCAAAGAUCCAUCAAGGCGAGUUCCGCCUCACGGGCAAUCAACAUCUCAUCUUGUCGAAUGUGAGCGACGAAGCCAAGCCCAAGAUUGCUGAAUUGAUGAAAAAGUACAAGCUCGACAAUACGCAAUUUAGCGCCAUGAGACUGAGUUCAUCGGCGUGCGUGGCGUUCCCUACAUGUGGUCUCGCCAUGGCUGAGUCGGAACGAUACCUGCCUGAGCUGAUCACCAAGCUCGAGGGAUGUCUCGAAGAGAAUGGUCUAUCGCAAGAUAGUAUCGUCAUGCGUAUGACGGGUUGCCCCAACGGAUGUGCACGACCAUGGUUGGCCGAGGCCGCGUUUGUUGGUAAAGCGUACGGCGCGUACAACAUGUACCUCGGUGGUGGAUAUCACGGACAAAGGUUGAACAAGCUUUACCGAAGCAGCAUCAAGGAAGACGAGAUUUUGGAGAUUAUGAAGGGUUUGUUGAGUCGAUGGGCCAAGGAGCGAAACCAGGGUGAACACUUUGGUGACUGGACCAUUCGUGCUGGUGUCAUCAAUGAGACCACCGAGGGCAGAUAUUUCCACGACAAUACGGCCGAGGUGGAGAGUGAUGGAGAGUGAUGUUGACAUGAGAUGUUUGGGAUUUUUCCUCUUAUUUUUCUGGCAUCAGAAAAAGAAUCUCUUUCCCUCUUAUGACCUUUUUGCAUGGCGUGGCUACUAAAUAAGUUGUUGUUGGUUUGUAUUGAAAUAUGUAUAGCAUCAAAUUGGAUGUAUUUCAUAACUUUA